AUGGCAGCCCUUCACGACGCACUCAAGUCUCUCGGCCCUUUGGACAUCUCCGACAUCUCCUUAGACGACCUCAAGCCUUUCCUUUCCCAUACGUUCAGCAAAGGGCAACUGCUUGUUGACUCGGUCCCUAUUCCCGCUGCAUCAGGGGAUCCUUCUCCACAAGGGGGACGCUCACCCGCGAGUCCUUGGGCUUCAUCUGCCGCCGAAAUCACCUCCUCCUCUGCUCGCCCGACUCCUCCGCCGCCUGAUGUCGAAGUCCUACAGAAACAAUGGAAGCAAGUCAAGAUAAACCCAAGGGACAACCCUUUGGGUAUGAGCGUAUACAAAGCAAGCGGCAAUGAUGGCAGAGGAGCCUGGUUUGCCCGGCGCAGUGUUCAUGAGGGAUUGGGCUUCACAAGGUGGAAAAGGGCCUUGGAACGAGAAUUCCCAGAGACAAUGAAAGUGCAAGGGGGACCUGGAGAGGGCAACAUUAGGGGUAUCGGCGGAGAGAAACGUGUGGAAUACAAGAAUGUGGAAGGCGUUGGGAAGAUGGAAGUGUAUCUUGUAUCCGCACAAUUUCCGGGACCAACAACACCUCGCGACUUCGUCACCAUGUUCAUGAGCUCAGACCAAGCACUCUCAGACCGAUCAGGUGGAGAGCAGGAUGUUCCUCGGCACUUCAUGGUCAUUUCGAGGCCAUGUAGUCACCCUGCUACUCCACCUCGUGAUGGUUUUAUACGCGGUCAAUACGAGUCUAUUGAGUUUAUCCGAGAAAUCCCAAUAUAUAAAGUGCCUACAAAGUCUGCGUCAACUUCAAAUCUUCCAUCCAUACGGGGCAGAGCCUCGUCAAAACACAGUAAAGAUGUAAUCAUGCGCGACGCAAACAACACGAACCCCCCUCCCAACGGCGGUGAUGGUGGAUCAGAGACAGAGGAAGCAGCACCUUCCAAAAAUGGAAGGCUCAGAGGAGCAACGAUAUCAGUUGAUGGGUCGAGAGGCUCUGAUGCAAACGGGGAGGAUAUGGAUGUCGCCCGCAAAGACGACGAGAGCGAGUGCAAUCCGAUAGAAUGGAUUAUGAUCACAAGAAGCGACCCCGGUGGUAGUGUACCCCGAUUUAUGGUCGAAAGAGGGACACCAGGAGGCAUCGUGUCGGACGCGAGCAAAUUCUUGGACUGGGCUUGUGGCAAAGAUAUAGAGGGCUUGGAGAGCGACGACGAACUUGGGUCGAUCGGGGAAGCUUCGCAAGAGGAGAGCGCGCUAACGCAUGAACAUAAGCCCAAAGAUGAUCACGAAGGGAAAUUGUACAACUAUCAAACUAAUGGCCAUCUAGCUGGAAUUGAGGAGGCGUCUACGCCCGCCGACAAGAACCCUAGAGACCACUCCAAUGGCGGCUUGGAUGGCAUUAAUGUGAGCCCCGAGAAAUCAACUGAGACUCCACGUCAGUACUCGGUAUCUUCUAUCAGCAGUGUCAGUUCUGCUGGUAGCUUCGCCUCAGCGCUUGAGAACUACGACAGCGACGAAGCCUCUUCCUCCAAGUCCACGGACUCCUUUGCCCGGGUACGAGCAGUAGCUCUUUCAGACAAGGAACUUCAGAAAUUGGAUGAGAAGAAGCGGAAGCUUGAUGAAAAGUUCGCGAAAAACCAGCAGAAGGAGCUGGAUAAGAAAAGCGAGGAUAGCGCCAAAGAAGGGGUUGCCAACAAGAAGGCAGGAGACAAGCACGAAAAAGAAAAAAGGAAGCAGGAAGAGAAAUACCAAAAGGAAGUCGACAAGCUGCAGAGGAGAAAGCAGAAGGAGGAGCGAAAAGCAGAGGAUAGGCGCAAGAAGGCGGCCGAGAAAGACAGCAAAGCUCGGCUGCUUAGGGAAUUGGAAGAGAUCAAGGCAGAAGCCGCUUUCUUGCGGAAGGAGCGAGAUAUAUUGAAGGGCCAAGUUGGCGAUCUUCAGGCUGAAAAUACGACGCUUGUUGCGAAAAUAGGGAAACUGGGACCGCAGGGAGAAGAUGCCCUGAAGGACAUGAGAGGAGAGUUUCGGCGGAGAAGUACGGCGAGGGCGAGCAGCUUCAAGGGGCCUAUCCGCUCGUCGACCUUCAGAAGUGCGGAAAGCAAUGAGACUACGAGCGACAAACUACGGACUACCUAG